UUUCACUUUCAAUACGUGAUCCCGGUAUGGCGGGAAAAUUCAACCAAUCAUGAAGCAGUGUUUUCGCACGAGCCCGAUUUCUUGGCUAAUCAUUUCGUCUGACAUGAAAUUUUCAUUUUCGAAAGGUGUGUGCCCAAGAGAGGAGGCUCCGUAACGCGGCUUUUCCCUUUUUGGCACUCUCGCUCGAUCGAACCGAACCGAACUCGAAUCUUCCUCUAACUGCAGCCAUGCGCGAGUGCAUUUCUAUUCACGUUGGCCAGGCUGGUGUCCAGAUCGGUAACGCCUGCUGGGAGCUGUAUUGUCUGGAACAUGGAAUCCAGCCCGAUGGACAGAUGCCUUCUGACAAGACUGUCGGUGGCGGAGAUGACAGCUUCAACACUUUCUUCAGUGAAACGGGAGCUGGAAAGCACGUCCCAAGGGCAGUUUUCGUCGAUUUGGAGCCCACUGUUGUCGAUGAAGUUAGGUCCGGAACGUAUAGGCAGCUGUUCCACCCGGAGCAGCUGAUCACAGGCAAGGAAGACGCAGCAAAUAACUAUGCCCGUGGACAUUACACCAUUGGCAAGGAAAUCGUCGAUUUGGUGCUGGACCGCAUCAGGAAGCUGGCCGACCAGUGCACUGGACUUCAGGGCUUCCUCAUCUUCCACUGCUUCGGCGGCGGCACCGGCUCCGGCUUCACCUCGCUGCUGAUGGAGCGUCUCAGCGUCGACUACGGCAAGAAGUCGAAGCUGGAGUUUGCUGUUUACCCGGCACCGCAGAUUGCAACAGCCGUCGUCGAGCCCUACAACUCUAUCCUCACCACCCACACGACUCUGGAGCACUCGGACUGCGCCUUCAUGGUUGAUAAUGAAGCCAUCUACGAUAUUUGCCGCCGGAAUCUCGACAUUGAGCGACCAACGUACACGAACCUCAACCGUUUGAUUGGCCAGAUCGUCUCAUCCAUUACUGCUUCACUGCGUUUCGAUGGCGCGCUCAACGUGGACCUGACAGAAUUCCAGACCAACCUGGUGCCGUACCCGCGCAUCCAUUUCCCCCUUGUCACCUAUGCUCCGGUCAUCUCGGCGGAGAAGGCCUACCACGAGCAGCUGUCAGUGGCUGAGAUCACAAACGCCUGCUUCGAGCCGGCCAACCAGAUGGUCAAGUGCGACCCGCGCCACGGCAAGUACAUGGCCUGCUGCAUGCUGUACCGCGGUGAUGUCGUCCCCAAGGACGUCAACGCCGCCAUCGCCACCAUCAAGACCAAGAGGACCAUCCAGUUCGUCGACUGGUGCCCGACCGGCUUCAAGGUCGGAAUCAACUACCAGCCGCCGACCGUGGUGCCCGGCGGCGACCUGGCCAAGGUGCAGCGCGCCGUCUGCAUGCUGUCCAACACCACCGCCAUCGCCGAGGCCUGGGCCCGCCUGGACCACAAGUUCGACCUGAUGUACGCCAAGCGCGCCUUCGUGCACUGGUACGUCGGCGAGGGCAUGGAGGAGGGCGAGUUCUCCGAGGCUCGUGAAGACUUGGCUGCGUUAGAGAAAGAUUUCGAAGAGGUCGGUAUCGAUUCGGUCGAAGGAGAGGGUGAAGAAAACGAAGACUAUUAGGCCUCAAAAUCCAUCUGAAAGGCUUACCGAAAGUGUAAAUGAGCCUCGCUCGCUCAAAAACAUGAACGAUCACUAUCUGAAGGUCGAAGUUUUGAAAGAGUUUUUCUCCAUUAGCCUCUUUAUAUCGCAGGAACUUUUUAUAUGUAAAUGCAUGCAGAAAGUUCUUACGAUAUACUGAUUUUUGUAAAGAAUGAUUAUUUGAAAACCUCAAUCUUCAUUAAAAACUUCCACAUGUCUUAACCACUUGUUAGUGUCUCGUAAUAUCAAUAAAAAAUUGUCCGUC